CUUAUCCGCUGCACUCCAAUUUUUAGUUUAAACAGCACAAAAGUAUUCCGGUAAAAACUAAACGACAAUGGCGAUGAAGGAGAAGCCUGCAGGCGCCAACGAGCUCCACUAUAGGGGGGUGAGGAAGCGGCCGUGGGGCCGCUACGCCGCCGAGAUCCGCGACCCCAACAAGAAGACACGUGUCUGGCUGGGCACCUUUGACACGGCCGAGGAGGCCGCGCGUGCCUACGACGCCGCCGCCCGCUGCUUCCGCGGCUCCAAGGCCAAGACCAACUUCCUCCUCCCCACCGUCGAGGAGAUUCAGUUCCUCCGACAACAUCAAAGCGGCCAGCGGCUUUUCUACAUGCAGCCGGAGGAGGAGCAUCAAGCAGAGGGAGUUGAGGAGGCGACGGAAUUGAAUCUUGAUCUCAAUCUUGCGCCGCCUUUGGCAGCUUGAAUUACACUAGUUUUUUUUUUUUUCUAAAUGAACUGACUUUUCAGCGUAGUAGUUUGAUUAUUUUUGGACGUAUUUUGGUUUUCAUCAAUCAAAUCUAAGCGUUUGAUUCAAUCGGUCUGACGUAUGUAUUACUACUAUGAAAUCUGAUUUGUACGGAAUACCAGAAUUGAGUGUUCAAGUCUAUGAAUCUCAAUCAUACCUUUGUUA